AAAACUCUCUCAAAUAUGUCUUCUUUGCCUCUCCCAUUCUUCAGUGCAACAUGCACUAAGGAGGCAUUGUCCUCCUCUAUCAAAUCCUCUUCUCCUUUGGUUCCGUUUCAGCGGCUUCAGCUUUUUCGAUCUACUUCCAGAACGGCUACUACAACAACAACAACCAGGAUCCGCUCUUCUUUGUUUUACUCCUUGAAAGUUAAAGCAACGGCUGAGGUCGUUCAAGAUAAGGAAUCAGGUGUAGCUGUCACCGGCGGCACUGGAGGCGGGAAGCCGGUGGUUGAGCAUUCCCGUACCUUUAUUGAAGCUCACUCCGAGCAAGAACUCCUAUCUGGAAUUAGGAAGGAAGUAGAAGCUGGAAGGCUACCUCCAAAUGUUGCAGCGGGAAUGGAAGAAUUGUAUCAGAAUUAUAGAAAUGCAGUUUUCCAAAGUGGACAUCCUGCAGCUGUUGAGAUCGUAUUUUCGAACAUGACAGUUGCAUUUGAUCAUAUGCUUUUGGAUGUGGAGGAUCCUUUUGUCUUUGAACCCUACCACAAGGCUUUGCAGGAACCGUUUGACUACUACAUGUUUGGUCAAAAUUAUAUCAGGCCUUUGAUUGAUUUCAGGAAUUCAUAUAUUGGCAAUCUUUCUCUUUUCUAUGAAAUAGAAGAAAAGCUUAAGCAGGGUCACAAUGUUGUACUUAUAUCAAACCAUCAGACUGAAGCUGAUCCCAUCAUCAUCUCAUUGUUGCUUGAGAAAACAAACCCACAGCUUGCUGAAAGAAAGAUUUAUGUUGCUGGGGAUAGAGUCAUAACAGAUCCUCUUUGCAAGCCUUUCAGCAUGGGAAGGAAUCUUUUAUGUGUAUACUCCAAAAAACAUAUGUAUGAUAUUCCUGAACUUGCUGAGAUGAAAAGAAAAGCAAACACAAGAAGUUUGAAAGAGAUGGCUUUGCUGCUAAGGGGUGGCUCAAAGGUAGUAUGGAUUGCAGCAAGUGGUGGCAGGGACCGUCCAGAUGCCCUUACAGAAGAAUGGUAUCCUGCACGUUUUGAUUCUUCUUCAGUAGACAAUAUGAGACGGCUCAUAGAACAUUCAGGGGUUCCAGGGCAUAUAUAUCCCUUGGCUCUAUUGUGCUAUGACAUCAUGCCCCCUCCGCCGCAGGUAGAAAAAGAAAUUGGGGAAAAAAGAAUAAUCACCUUUCAUGGGGCUGGAUUAUCAGUAGCACCAGAAAUAAGCUUCCCAGAAAUUGCUGCUGCUUGUGAAAAGUCUAAGGAGGCCAAGGAUGCAUACACACAAGCUCUGUAUAAGUCUGUGAAUGAACAAUACAAUGUCCUUGAAUCUGCCAUACAUGGAAAACAGGGUUUAGAGGCAUUAACUGCAGGUGUCUCUUUAUCGCAGCCAUGGAAGUAAUCAAAACCAUACCGUGGUCCAAACAUCUGCAAGUAGCUGCAGGCUGAAUCUUCUCCGAUGCCGAAUUUUUGUACUCUUUUCAUCGGAUUCAUAGAAAGAUUGCUCUGCAGAAGGAACCCUAUUUAUUUCUCGAUACCUAUCGAUGACAUCAACAGCAGAUUUAGCUUUUAUCGGAGCCAAAUCCAUCAGAAGCAAUGCUAUCUCCAGCAAGUGCCGCUUCAGGUUUGUUCCGUACAGAUCUUAUUUCCUAGAAAGACUCAAUCCAAUAGUCCAUAGGCAAUUCUUAUGUGCAUAUGAUCCAUUGAAAUUCGACG